AUGACACCCAAUCCCACUCAAGGAGCCUGUUACCCCCUCCGCUCCCCCUGUCCUGCCAUUUCUCUUUCCUUUGUGAUGCUGGGGGAGCACAAAACGACGGAGGAGCUGUACGCCAUAAAGAUCCUGAAGAAGGACGUGGUGAUCCAGGACGAUGACGUUGAAUGCACCAUGGUGGAGAAGAGAGUGUUAGCGCUGGCUGGAAAACCUCCGUUCCUCACACAGCUGCACUCCACCUUCCAGAGCAUGGACCGUCUGUAUUUUGUCAUGGAAUACAUAAACGGAGGAGAUCUCAUGUAUCAGAUCCAGCAGGUCGGCAAGUUCAAAGAGCCCCACGCUGUAUUCUACGCUGCCGAGAUAGCCAUUGGUCUGUUUUUCCUGCAUCUAAAGGGCAUCAUCUACAGAGACUUGAAGCUGGACAAUGUGAUGCUGGACUGCGAGGGUCACAUUAAGAUAGCAGAUUUUGGCAUGUGUAAAGAAAAUAUGAAUGACGGCGUCACUACCAAGACCUUCUGUGGAACACCGGACUACAUAGCUCCUGAGAUCAUAGCCUAUCAACCUUAUGGAAAGUCUGUGGACUGGUGGGCCUUUGGAGUCUUGCUCUAUGAGAUGCUAGCUGGACAGCCUCCAUUUGACGGUGAAGAUGAGGAUGAGUUAUUUCAGUCCAUUAUGGAGCAUCACGUCUCCUAUCCCAAGUCAAUGUCCAAGGAGGCUGUCGCUAUCUGUAAAGGGCUGAUGACGAAGCACCCAGCGAAGCGGCUGGGCUGUGCACCCGAGGGCGAGAGGGACAUCCGGGAGCACAGCUUCUUCCGCUACAUGGACUGGGAGAAACUGGAGAACAAGGAAGUUCAGCCGCCGUUCAAACCUAAAGCCUGUGGCCGGGAUGCCGAGAACUUUGAUCGGUUUUUCACGCGCCACCCGCCGGUGCUGACCCCUCCCGAUGAGGAAGUGAUUGAGAACCUGGACCAGGACGAGUUCCAGGGAUUCUCCUUUAUCAACCCCGAGUUCCCCGGAGCUGAUGUUGCCUCACCUGCCGCCGAGCAGGCUUGACUUCAGCUCAUGGACACAUGCACACACACACAAAUAGAUACACAAGCAUUUCCCCCAGUAUCCAACCUGUAUACCCUGGAAAACACACACACACACACACACGAAUAUUUAUCCACUUAAAAAUCCUGGAAAUGAUGUGUACUGCAACAGGAAGCAAGAAGCCAUGACUUAAACAUACAUCAAAUACACAAACAUAUGUAGACUUCACACUGCUGCAACCGGGACGAUGUGUUGGCCUCUUCUGGAAAUGGCCUAGAUGCAUUAUCACUCUAGUGCAGUGUCUCAACUAUCAUUAAAACGGAGAAAUGUAGAUGCUUCAAAGUGGUCAAAAUGUAAUUUUUUGGCUAAUUAUGAGCCGUUGACUUUCUCAAAGCUUAGUUUUUGAGAAAAAUUGAUGUUUUACUCAACUUGUGGCUCACAGUGUGGACAAAUGACAAUCAUUCACCAGGAUCAGACUAAGGAUUAGAAAAUGAAUGGUGCCCCUACAAAUUUCCUAAAAUUCGACAUUUGACGUUGAUAAUUAAAAAUGAGUCUUAAAAAGUGUUUCUGCUUUGUUAAAACUGCAGAUAAUUGAAACCUUAUACAGAUCAUUCAGGAUACUCACAGCACACACACCAUUCACAUGUAACAUAGCUUCAGCAUUUCAUUUUAUUACUUACUUUUCUUUUGUGGAAGAUUGUGAUUUAACUUUUCUUUUACUCAUUCCAGUUCAAUCAGAGUUGGGCCUGUACUUCUGAUGUGCUUAUUAUUCAAUGUGUAAUAAUAACAGCGUAUGUACAUUUAUCUUUAUCUUAGCUAAAACUGGAAUGCUUCACAUACUUGUGCAUGAGUUUCUAUAUCAAUAACAGCCCCGGACUUUGUCUCCCAGCAGCAUUUUAACAUCUUAUCUCUGCACCACUCUGCUGCCAUGCGUGGCUGUUUUUCAUGGUUUUCAAAAUGCAUAUUCAAGAAACAUAUUUGGUGUAUGGUUUUAACCAAAGUGGAAGAUUUGUGCCAAAAAAGACCACAUAUAUCGGAUGUUCUAUGUGUCCUCUUUGUUGUUGCAGCACUGGGAUCAUGUUGGUAAAAUGCUGUUGGGAAAUGUAGUCCUAUAGGCUUUUGAGUCCGUCGAAUAGAUAGAUAAUACUACUUUGUAUACUCUCCUUUUCUGUUAACUAGUAUAUAAGCAACGAAAGAGACUAGCAUUAUUUGUGUUUGUUCAAAAGCAUGAUUCAGAUACCCGGGCGUUUGUUUACAGCAGUGUGUGCACAUGAAUGUUUCAUAAUGUGUGUGAAUGAGAACUGUGUAUGGAAACGCACGGUAAAGCAUUUUUGUACGUGUGUCAAUGCAUGCCUUGCCUGGCCUUGCGUUAACAUUUGUAUUUAUGGUGAAUAUCCACUUGACUUCCAACCAGUGGCUCCACAAGUGGCCGAAAAGAAAAAGCACUUUUUGAACAUUAAAGCAUGUAAACAUGUCUCACUAGAGGCACACAAUACAAUUAUGGACGUGAAAAGGAGAAUGAUAUGUCCUCUUUAAAGCAAGCUGUGUACAAAUUAGUAUGCAUGUGUUUGAACACAGUUACGUCCAGUACUGCAAAUUACACCUUCAUACUAGAGAUGUUUUCGAUGGCCUGGAAAUCAAAUUAAACCCAGAUUCUGCUUUUUUCAAAUGCAGGUUUAGUACCUGAAAUCUCCAAACAGUAGGCCUGGAAAGGGUGUCUGGUCUGCGUCAAAAAUAAGGCCACUAGCUAGAUUUCAAACAGCGGACCAACAACCAUGCAGCUUGACCUCUGAUCCAGUUCUUUGGUGGAAUAAGGCCUCACUGUGAUUGGUGUUUUUCAAGUAGCCCUCUGCAUGCACAAUUUCCAUCCUAACUACAGCUGCUGCAAACGAGAACACAGGUUAAAGCUAGGCCGUGUGUGUGUGUGUGUGUGUGUGUGUGUGUGUGUGUGUGUGUGUGUGUGUGUGUGUGUGUGUGUGUGUGUGUGUGUGUGUGUGUGUGUGUGUGUGUGUGUGUGUGUGUGUGUGUGUGUGUGUGUGUGUGUGUGUGUGUGGUCUCUUGUUUUCCCUAGCUAGCAAUAAUCAUGUUGACAGGAAGGCAGAAUCCGUAAUGAACCAACCUUUAGUUUAGAACGCUCCGGUUAGGACUUUAAUUUAUUCACAUGCAAAAGGCUGUGAGGUUAUGAGGCUUAUUGGCGGGUUUAUUUACGCGGCCAGAGAGAAAGGCAGCUGAGACACUUCAGUGCUGCUAACAUAGUGUGGAAGUGGCUGAAGUGCUUCCUCACAUCACACUCCUCGGGACAUCAGGUGAGUUUUUUCUGCAGGUUUGCUGUUGGUUAUCAUCAGCACUACUUGCAUGACACUUUACAGUAUCUACGAUUACGCUGCAGUAUCAUGCACUUAAUUCACUUGAAAAAAACAGUUAUCUGUCAUGCUAGCAGGAGUGGGAGUCUCUUAGGUUUCCACAUGUAGACAAUAUCAUGCAACAUUGUUAAUAAAAGACAAUAUGUGGGCCAGAUGGUAAGGGUUAGCAGAAAGCUGAGGGAGCUACGGCCUGGUUCCAGAUGGGAAUGGCACUGCUUUUUGAUGGCAUUCAGACCUUUUUCUGUGGAAUUAUUGAACGUGAUUGGGUUAAUUGGUGCUGGGGAGUCACUGAUUUAGGUACUAACAUCUGGAUAAAGUUGGUCGUGUCUGUUAUCUAAGUCUUAAACUUUAACUGCUGAUGAGUUCAGCACAGAAGAGCAGCCUUAGCAUUUUCAAAGAGUCUGGAAGUGAAUGUGUUUUUAUGACUUCCAUUAUCUGCGUUUUUACCUUCAUUGGUAUGUAUUACAGUCAGUGUCUCCUGUAUUAUGAUAACAACAAAUACCUAUAUAUAUAUAUAUACUUAUACAUAAGCAUAUACAACUGUGUCAAAUGUUGAUAUCUACACCAUGUGGUCAGUAUUGUAAAAGACGAGAGGAGAAGUUUUCUCUUUUUGCAUCUACGACUCUUUACUGGGAAGUCAAAUGGACUGCAUGAAAAUUGCUUUUGUUUAUUAGUUAGGAUUUAUAUACAUUUAGCAUAUUAGGGUGAUUCAUGUUUUCUGUGUGCGCAUUGCUUCAAGGUGGGAUCAAAGCUACUGUAGCGUGUGCUAUAUGGGAUAAUAAUACACCUCAAGAAAAGAAAAAAAAAUGUUUCUCAAAAUGCUUUCCAUGUGCCAAAAUGAUUUUGUCUGUUUGUUUGUUAACCAACAUAGACAGGCAUACACAAAAUAAAGGAUUUAAAAUA